AACGCAAGGAAGAGAAAGCAGAGACAGAUUCGUGCGGUCCUAUUCAUUUGCCGACGGAUUUCAAGUCCUUCAUCGCUGCAGUCAUGGCCUCGUUCGAUCUUCUGAAGCUGCCCGUCCAGGAGACGGUCACCUUGGUAGCCAACCACUUGGCUCAGGUCACGACCGCCAACGACAAGAUACCCGGAAAACAGCGUCUUACGAGAUUUCAUGCUCGGAGCAAACCGUCGAUCGACGUCGCGGCCUAUGCCGCACGCAUUCUAAAAUAUGCGCCGUGUGGGAACGAGUGCUUUUUGGCCGCGCUCAUUUACUUUGAGCGAAUGACGGAACCUUCACAGCGAUACCUCACUAGCGGCUUCCGGCCGACGUCGCCUGAGGCGAAGCGAAGAGAAUGGACGCAACAGCUUUCCCCGCCUUCACCAGUAUCGCCACUAUCCCCGAACUCACCAGCUGUCCCCGCCACUCCCACGAGCAAAAACGUCUCGCUACUGAAAGAUAUCGUUGUGGAUUCAUACAACGUUCAUCGGCUGCUUAUCACCGGUGUGAUGGUAGCGGUCAAGUUUCUCAGCGAUGUUUUCUUUACCAAUCUUCACUAUUCACGAGUCGGCGGGUUACCGGUUCACGAAUUGAACGAGUUGGAGAUCGAUUUCUUGCUAGCAAACGACUUCAACUUAAACAUAUCCCUGGAGGAAUUGCAGUAUGCAGGCGACAGACUCCUGCAAGCAAGCAAGUCGUCCAAACUCGAGCCAUCGCCGUCGCUAACCCCACCAUCGCCGCACAAAUCACAUCAGCACAACGCAUCGCCUGUGGAACAAAAUUCCACGGCGGAUGUAGAGGUCUCGGAUUCGCGGGGCAACGGCGUAGCGGAGACUUCUUCCGUUUCGGCACCGUCGGUUAACACAUGGGUGGGAGUAGAGAGAAGUGCAGGCGGGGGUAAUCACGAUUCACAAACACGAAACGAGUAUAUGGGCAGUGAAACCAUUCACUCCGCAUCGACAGCAGAUUUCGCAUCUCCACCUGCGUGUAUGGAGCCUCGGUACGCUCCCGAUCCCUUCUCAGCAUAUACCUCCCAUUUCGAUCCACGAAAUGGCUCGCGGACGGAUGAGAGCAGUCAGCAUCACUCGUGGCAUAUGUAUGGUGCUGCCGUCCAUCAUGAUGGACAUACCUUGCUAGCGCAAGGCUCCUUUCACAGGCAUUCCAGAGGCAGCACGACAUCGCCCUCCCACCACCGCAUCUUCAAACCCUACGAUCGCCCCACCUACCACCGACAUCACACCAUCUCCCCUCCUUACUCCUUCGACCGCUCGCACUCUAUCCACAAGUCUCCCACCCGCUCACAAAUAACACCAACCUCAACCUACAGCUCCCCACCCUACUCACCCCCCAACGCACCAUGUCCACCUCACAGCCGCCAGUCAGUCUCCAUCGUACCCUCUGAGCCCCGUCGAACGAUGUCAAUGGACGAGCGGAGGCUGCCGUCGCUCCUCAUCCCACGACACGAGCGAUCAGUGUUGCACCCGCAUCACCCGCACUCGAUACCUGAUUGUGGACGGGUGGAUUCGACCCCGUGUUGCUGCUAUUUCUGCUGCUGCCAUAUCCUCCUGGAUCCGCGCUGAGGGCUUACGAGUCUAGUAUGGAUGGCAAUUCGCCGUCCAUCUAUCCCUACUGUUGUUUGGUUUUUUUGCCUCUCUUUUUGUCCUUUUUUUGUCGGGCUGAUACCAUUUCACUAUUCUCCACCCGUAACCCUUGCAUAAGCCAAGGACGCGCUUACUGUGUCUCUGUUCCCACUGCACAGCCCCAAACCACUUUGUAUCUCUGUAAAUACUUCACCCCCUCCCCAUCUUUUUUGUAUGUCGGGUUCACCUCGCCGCCCCUCGUUCUAUCUUCAUCCCCAUUUUGUCCCA